AUGGACUCGUCCAAGGUGCCGAUGAGCCUGGCCAGCGGCAGCUCCCUGCUGAGCCACGCCGUGCUGGGCGGCCUGUCGCCGCUGUUCCUGCGCGCCUCGGAGCGGUACCAGCGCACGCCCAAGUGCGCUCGCUGCCGCAACCACGGCAUCGUGUCGGCGCUGAAGGGCCACAAGCGCUACUGCCGCUACCGCGACUGCGCCUGCUGCAAGUGCACCCUGAUCGCCGAGCGCCAACGCGUUAUGGCCGCCCAGGUGGCGCUGCGGCGUCAGCAGGCGCAGGAGGAGAACGAGCUGCGUGAGCUGGGCGUGGUGUUCCCGGUGUCUGAGAGAUCGUCAUCGCCCCGCGCGCCGCCUCCGAUGUACGACUCGGACAGGUCGCUGGACCUGAUGGCCAGGUUGUUUCCGUCGAUAUCCCGCUCAGAACUCUUCCACACUCUCAAAGGACAUGGAGCCAUGAUGGGCUUCCCGAGCUUCCGCUACCCGUACCCGCGACCCUACUUCCCGGUGCCGUGGAGCGGUGACCUGUUCCCGCCCUACCCCGGCUACGGGCUGGCCUCGCCGCCCGGCCUGCCAUCUAGCGGUGGCCUCGGCGAUGGUAGGGCCGAGCCCUCCAGGUCUCCGCCUUCGCCGCCCAAGUGA